CAGACUAGCAGUGGCUGCUUGGAGCUUGCCAAACACGUAGAACCCAAGAACCCAAGGGGACUAAGUUACUGUAUCGGUCGCAGUUUCUACCAACCGAAUCUUUUACAACAACAACAUCUUCAUCACGCAAAACAUUCCGUCGCACGGAGCUGCUUGGACAACAGAGACAUAAAGACACCUGAGAUACCUUAGCUUACCUUACCUACCACCUCUUAUACGGGCAUCAUUCUUCCGCUACCACAAAGUCGGCAAUACUAGCAUCCUUUAGCAUCACGGAGGCUUGUAUGGGUUUGCCAUCCGGCUAUGUUAAAUCUUCAAGGUUUUCGCCGAGCCCGACACCUUGCUGACCGGCAUCGACUUCUAGACACACCGCCGCCGCCGGUGGUUUGGUCUCCCGUCUAGCAGCACCACCACCGAAACACGAUUCAUACCAGACAGACCUCAUCACAAUAGGCCCCUGCCAUAUUGGUGCAGUCACCAGCUGGGCAGCAGUUUGAGCUUCAUAUCGAGCACUCGUCAUUCUGCGAGAACCAUCAAAGCAAGUCGUCGUCAUGUCUAAAACGGGGGUGGCAAUCCCCCAGCUCCAAAAGGACCUGGAGGGCAUGGAAGACAAGCCGCGUCUGUCGUUGGCCGUAGACAACAUCGAUAGGCUUAUCGCCAAGCUGACAGAAGCUAGGGAAGCAGUAGCAACAGCAAGCGAUCCGCAUACAGCGUCUCUGACCCUCACGAGGCUGCAGAAUCCCGUCAAGGAGGUUAUUGACCGGGCCAACGAUGACUUGAAGAAAGUUUACCAGGUUCAAAAGGACUUGGGGAAGUCGUUGGACAAGUCAUUUCCUGUCGUGAAAAUUGCUACGGAUCACGAUGCGUUGGACGGAAAGUCUGAUCUCAUGAACAAGGCAAUCGCAAUGCAUCUAAUGAGGGAGGGACAAUUCUCAGUGGCAAGCACUUUUAUUGGUGAAUCACAACGCGACCUGCAUGUCGCAAGCUCGACACCGCAAGCUUUCCACGGCAAAACUAGAGAUGUACAGGACUCAAACACAAUGGCGGUAGACUCGGAUGGCGAUACAGACCAGCAAUCACAGAGCAGCAGCAAAGUUCCCAGUCAGCCGAACGCGAGCAGCGAGGUCAUUGGGUCGUCGCGGCUCCAGCAACAAUUUGAAGUCAUGUACCGCAUUCUACAGGAGCUCAAGCAGCACAACGUGGAACCCGCGAUCGAAUGGGCCCUGGAAAACUCUUCGGAGCUGGAAGCACGCGGUUCAAACCUGGAAUUCGAGCUGUGUAGGCUACAGUACGUUCAUCUGUUUGAGACACCCGGGAGGGGUCCACCCGCAGCAUUCGAGUACGCCCGUACGCAGAUGUGGCGGUUCAGGGAACGCCACCUCGCCGAAAUAACGCGCCUGGCGGGCGCGCUGAUAUACGCCCCGAACCUGGCCGAUUCGCCAUAUGCCACACUUUUCGACUCGCCAACCGCCUUCCUGGAUGCGGCCUCGUCCUUUACACGCGAGUUCUGCUCCUUGCUUGGCUUGUCUGCCGAAUCGCCUCUUUAUGUGGCGGCAACAGCUGGUGCCAUUGCCCUCCCGCGUCUCGUGAAGUGGCAGUCGAUCGCCCAGGGCGCAGAGUGGACCACGACCAACGAGCUCGCUUUCGAGACGCCACUACCGCGCUCCUUUAUGUACCACUCCAUCUUUGUCUGCCCCGUGUCAAAGGAGCAGACGACGGCCGCCAACCCGCCUGUCAUUCUCCCCUGCGGCCACGUCCUUGCAAGGGACAGCUUGACGAACAUAGCGAAGGGUACGCGGUUUAAGUGUCCCUAUUGUCCCUCUGAGGGGCAGGUCAAGGACGCACGGGUUAUAGUCUUAUAGGGCACUCCUGAACCCAACGCCUGUUACUGGCCCAACAGACCUGCGCCCCCCACUCCUCAGCAUUCUCCAGUGCAGACCCUAUCAAUUUUAGCCCAUAUGCGCGCUCAUGGAGCUCUCUCGUCGUUGAGGCCCCAACCGGAAAUCUUUGAACGUCUCCCCCGAUUGUUGAUUAGGCCUUAGGUCAUGGGAACAAUAUGUUCUGGAUACCAUCCUUUCACGGGGCUGAUUGGGCGGCGGUUGAGCUCAACCGGGCGACCAAGUACCUGGCCCCAAUCUUCUUGACGCUUGAGCUCUGAGAGUGUCAUUUGUGAACCAAUAUUGGAAAUAACGGUCCCUUGUGUCACUUUUUACAGGGCUCCCCCCCCCCCCCCCCCCCCUCAUAUCAGGGGUUUCAAAUUGCUUUGUUUCUACUUU